AUGAAAGAAGAAAGUGACAAAGAAAUUAAAUUUGAUCCACAUUUAUCAUUAACGGAUCAAUAUAGAAACAAUUUUUGUCAAUUUGAUCGUCAUUUUUUAAAAGGCGAUUCAAGACCUUAUCAAUGUUUAGAAUGUCCAAAAUCAUUUGCAAAUGCAAAUAGUUUAGCAAUGCAUACAAGACGUCAUAGUGGAAGUCUUCCGUAUAAGUGUUCCUGGUGUGAUAAACAUUUUCGCCAAGUAUCAGAAUUAAAAUCACAUUUACCGCGACAUACAGGAGAGAAACCAUUUAAAUGCUCUUACUGUGAAAAAAGCUGUGCAACAUCCAGCCAUCUGAAAGUACAUACUCGUAAGCAUACUGGUGAAAGACCUUAUGUAUGUGUUGUUUGCAAUAAAGGCUAUUGCCAGAAAAGUGAAUUAAGUUCACAUAUGAAAAGCCAUGACAAAGACAAAAAAUUUCAUUGUGAACGAUGUCGGCAAGUAUUUAAAAACUCAAAUCAAUUAACAGUGCAUGUCAAACAAUGUACUACAGAUAUUACGGAGGUUAUUGCAAAUGCAGCAAUGCAAAUGCGUUGUGAACUUUGCGGUGCUGUUUUCAAUCAUAUUUUAGGUCUAAUUACUCAUAAAAAUACGGCACAUGCAUAG